AUGCUCUCCUUCCUUCGCGGUGCGAACCCGCCGCGCACCAACAUCGCCGGGAACAAUCCGAUCGUCUUCGAAGAUGGCCGUUCCAAUGUCAAAUUCCACUCGCGCACUUCCGAGUACUUGAUGACGCACACCAUACCUCCAACCACACCAGAACAUGGCUCCUCUCUUGUCCGACCUCCUUUUCACUACCACAUUUACCAGACUGAACGUUUCCGAGUCCGCUCAGGGACCGCCACAUUGUGGCGCGGCAUCAGUUCCGAACCAUGGAUCACAUUGUCCGCGGAGCCCGGCAAGCAGUCCACAGGCCAAGUUGGACCACGGAGGUAUCACAAAUUUGAGAAUGCCUCGGUGACAGAGGACCUGGUCAUUGACGUUCAGCUUGAUCCGGAAGAUUAUGAGAGAGAACAAAAGUUCUUUCGCAACUUCUUCGGUUAUCUUGAUGAUUGCAGGAAAUCAAAAGUCGCGCCCAGCCUUUUCCAGUUGUUGGUCUUUCUCCAUGAGGCCGACACUCCACUAGGCCUGCCAUUGCCGAACGAGAUGCUGGGUAUUUGGGUCAGCAGGGCGUUCCUCAUCGGGAUGGCGUUCUGGGGCCGGUGGCUUCUUGGGUACCAAGCGACAUAUGGCGAGUACUAUGAGGAUAGAAAGUCGAGAUAA